AUGCUCAUUCUACAGGAUGUAGUCGCCAAGAUUGACGCAAAACGUCAGGAAUCACUCUUAGGAGGUGGUUUGAAGAGGAUCGAGACUCAACACAAGAAGGCGCGUUUUUUUUUUUUUUUUUUUGGCAAGUUGACUGCACGCGAACGUAUUGAGCUCCUAUUAGAUGCAGGAUCUUUCCGUGAAUACGAUGCCUUUGUGGAGCACAACUGUGUUGACUUUGGCAUGGAAAAGCAAAAGAUUACUGGUGAUGGUGUAGUCACUGGUCACGGAACCAUCAAUGGCCGUCGUGUCUUCCUUUUCUCCCAGGACUUCACCGCCUUUGGUGGAUCAUUGUCCAAUACUCAUGCGCAGAAGAUAGUCAAAGUCAUGGACAAGGCCCUCCUCGUCGGUGCUCCCGUCAUUGGUUUGAACGACUCUGGUGGAGCUCGUAUCCAGGAAGGUGUCGAGUCCCUUGCUGGCUACGCUGAUAUUUUCUUGAAAAACGUGACGUCCUCAGGUGUUGUUCCUCAAAUCUCACUUAUCAUGGGCCCAUGUGCUGGAGGUGCCGUUUAUUCACCUGCCUUGACCGACUUUACGUUUAUGGUUCGUGACACCUCAUACCUUUUCGUCACAGGGCCCGAUGUCGUAAAGACAGUCACUAAGGAGGAAGUUACUCAAGAGGAACUCGGAGGCGCCAAGGCACACACCGUCAAAUCUGGAGUUGCCCAUGCCGCCUUUGAGAAUGACAUUGAGGCUCUACAGCGUCUUCGCGACUUUGUUGACUUUUUACCUUUGUCUAACCGCGAGCCUGCUCCUGUUCGCUACACAGACGAUCCCUCAGACCGUGAGGAUGCUUCGUUGAACCAUAUCGUGCCUGUCGACUCAACCAAAGCCUAUGACAUCAAAGAUGUCAUCACCCGCCUUGUAGACGACUCUCAUUUCUUUGAAAUCAUGCCUGAUUAUGCCAAAAACAUUGUCAUUGGUUUCGCUAGAAUGGGCGGCCGUACUGUGUCAAUCAUUGCUAAUCAGCCAUUGGUAUCUUCUGGAGUACUCGACAUCAAUUCAUCAGUCAAGGCUGCCCGUUUCGUUCGCUUUGCGGAUGCAUUCAAUAUCCCCAUUUUGACCUUGGUUGAUGUACCCGGUUUCUUGCCCGGAACUGCUCAGGAGCAUAAUGGAAUCAUUCGCCAUGGAGCUAAGCUUCUGUACGCUUACGCCGAAGCAACUGUGCCAAAAGUCACUGUUAUCACACGAAAGGCAUAUGGAGGUGCUUAUGAUGUCAUGAGCUCUAAGCACCUUCGUGGAGACCUAAACUACGCCUGGCCAACCGCUGAGAUUGCUGUCAUGGGAGCCAAAGGUGCUGUGGAGAUUAUCUUCCGAUCGAGUGCUGACCGCGCCUCGGCUGAGAAAGACUAUAUCAGCAAGUUCGCCAACCCCUUGCCAGCAGCGCAGCGUGGAUAUGUUGAUGACGUGAUUGAGCCCUCAACAACCCGCCGCAGGAUUAUUGAGGAUCUUGAAAUGUUGCGUGACAAGAAGUUGGAGAACCCAAAACGCAAGCACGGCAACAUCCCGUUGUAA